AUGAGGUGGAAGGUACGAAGAGCUCAGAGAAAUCAAAAUUCGGUGCAGUCAGUUGACGAAGAAGAGGCUGGGAUGUGGAGGUGGUUCCAAAUCUUAAAUUUCAUUGGCUUCUUGUCUUUGAAAAUGAAGUUCUUCAACUGGAUGCAAAUUAAGUUAAAUGGACGACAGUGCAAUAGAAAGCUAAACACACACAAGCAAGAUUCCAAGGAAGAAUUUAGUGACUGGUCUCAAGGGCUACUGGCAAUUGGAACUUUUGGCAAUACACAUCUUACAGAAAAACAAGAGACCCAAAUUGUGCCAAAUCCAGAGUUAAAAGAAUUUACACCAGAAGAAUUUGGAAAGCUACAGAAUGAAUUGACAGAGCUCUUGUCUAAAAAACAAGCAAAAGAACAAAUUUCUGAUCUACCAUUGGAUAGAUUCCUGAACUGUCCUUCAAGUUUGGACGUGGAUCGUACAAUUUCUAACAGAUAUAGUACUAAUUCAGAUGAUAAAGAUGAAGAAAUUGAAAGAACUAUUAGAAUAAUCCUUGGAAGAUGCAAAGAUGUUUGUGAAAAUAAGAAGAAGAUAACGAUUGGGAGAAAAUCAGUUUCUUUCCUUCUCAAGAAAAUGUUCGUCUGCACAGGUGGUUUGGUACCAAAUCCUAGUCUACGAGAUACAUUUCAUGAAUCAAGAAUGGAGAAGGUCCAACAGCUUUUGAGAACAAUUCUCACCAACAAGAUAUAUCCACAAAAUUCUUCUCGAGCAUCAUCCAUGAAGAAAUAUAUAGACGACAGAAAUUCAUUGAAUGCUGAAACUGAAGAUGAAAUGCGUAAGAAAGGUCGUGAUGGACAUAAAUGGGUGAAGACAGAUUCUGAAUAUAUAGUUCUAGAGAUUUAG